AUUGCCUGAAGCCUCCCCGUUAAGUGUAGACAAAGGCAAAUUUGAGCAGUGGCAGUUUGGUGUGUCUAUCUUCCUCGUAUCUCGCAUCUCGCGUCUCUCUGUCUCUCUGUCUCGCUGCCGAUGGAGGCUCCAGCUAAGCUGCAACAAGAGGGAGAAGAAUAUGAUCUGAAAGUGGAAGUGGAGGAAGAAGUAGUGGGUCUGCUGAGUUGGCAGUCCACGACGCGAAAAUAUGGUGUCCAUGAAGGUGGUGUUUCUGGGAAUGGUGAUUCCAGUACAGACAGCAGCAGGACCAGCAAGAAUGGCACCCAUGCAGAAGAAGAGCCGGAAGCAGGACAAGAAUGGGUUGAGGAGGUGAAUGGUGGGGAAAAUGAUGUUGAAGCAAAGGGACCAGAGACAGAAGCAGAGCAAGAACCAGGAGAAGAACGAGAAGCCGCACCGGAGCGAGACGAAGUGGACGAGAAUGGGAGCAAUGGCGGUGCGAAUGGAAAGGGAGAUGUCGCGGUUCUUGCACCAGCGGCGAAGACAGAACCCCACUCCCACAAUGGGGUCAAAAUGAAUGAGUCGACCUGGACCAACAUCGUUCACUUCGACGACGGACGAGGUAUAGAAUCCAUCCAAAGAAUUGUCAAGACGGAAUACAGCGAUGUUGAACGAGUUUCGUAUGAAACAGAGACAGUGGAUGUAACCUCCAAUGUUGCAACACGGAGGUUCAGCGCUUUUCAAAGCUCUCUGGUUGAUAAUCAAGAAAGAGGAAUUUCUGGAGAUGAGAGAUCUCCAAGAAAGUCAAAUGAAGAGAAAAACACGUAUUCUAAGGAGAGCGAAGUAGUUGAAGAAGAACCUAACCCUGGAGAGACAGAAUUUGAUGUUGAGAGGGUAUUAGAGAAGCAAAAUACUCAUGAUUUAUACUGUCCCAAUUGUCAAUCUCGUAUAACAAGAACGGUAAUCCUUGAGAGAAAGGAAAGGAAGUUGCCCUAUGUGCGUGACCCUCCCUCUGAACCAGCUCCUCAACCUGAACCUUACCAUACUCCUAGCAUCCGUGAUCACCCUAGAGAUGGGGAUCAAAGAGCUUUUAAAUGUCAGACAUGCUUCGGUAUUUUCAUUCUUAAAGGAGUCUGGCCUUUUAUAGUGAAAGAAGAUGCUGAUCCUCGGGAGGACGAAACAAGAGCUAAUGGAAAAUCUCCUAAAGAUGCAAAUACACAACCUCCGACCGAUGAACCGAUACCACCUUCAUUGCCUAUUGUGCCAGGUCCACAAAAGAUUGACCAGAAACCCACUGAGGAAAACCCAGAAAAAUUAUCUGCUGUCAAUGAUUCUCCUGCAAUUACAGGGCUUAAACCAUCCCCAGCUCAACCAUCUCCAGCUGAACUGCCGAAUGAAGUUGACGUGAUAGUUGAGAUUGACACACUCACGGCACCCACAAGUGAUGUUGCAGCACAACCUGGAACUCAGACACUACCCGAAGAGCCACCAGUUGUUCAACCUCAUCAACCUCGUGAAUGGGAUAUUUUAAAGAGCAUUGUCUACGGUGGCUUGAUAGAAUCAAUAACAAGUCUAGCUGUUGUGUCAUCUGCAGCAGGAGCUGGUGCCGCCACAUUGAACACCUUAGGUUUGGGAUUGGCUAAUCUGUUUGGAGGACUUAUCGUCAUUGGCCAUAACCUUAGAGAGUUGAAGAAUGAGCAGCCCAGUCAAGGUACCGAACAGGUAGACCGGUACCAAGAGGUGCUAGGAAAGAGACAACACUUUCCCCGGCACGCAAUAGUAGCCAUUUUAUCCUUUAUAAUCUUUGGCUGCGUGGCUCCAAUCACUUAUGCAUUCUCAUUUAGGGAGAGUGACAAUAGGGAUUACAAGCUGGCUGCCGUUGCGGCUGCUUCUCUGUUAUGCAUUUUUCUACUUGCCAUAGGGAAAGCCUAUGUCAGGAAGCCGCCUAAAGCUUACUUCGAGACAGUGCUACACUAUGUCAUUAUGGGGUUCAUGGCAUCAGGAAUCUCUUUCUUAGUCGGCGAACUGAUUGACGAGCUUCUCACGAAGCUCGGCUGGUUCAAUUCGACCUCAUCUCUGUCUGGGACCGGGGCUUUGGAGACUGGAACGAUGCAGUCUGGAUGGGCAUCCUACUGAAGUCAUGGGAUCUCAAAGAGCACUUCCAACACAGAGUGGACGGAAGCAGUUUUAUUCUGAAGGUAGUUGUUUCGUUCAUGUCAUGCGAAGGCACGACUCUUUUCCUUUCCAAGAGUAGAGAAACUAGUAGGAUCCGGCUUCACCUUCACAUCUCUUCCUUCAUUCUCAUGUUAUGUAUGAAUAAUUUCUAGUAAGAAGAGUUUGCCUCGCGAUUCAUACUAGGAAAAUUUUACCAUUUCCUUUCGCCGUCUUGACAUCGGGAAAUAAAACAAUGUGAAGGACAUGGCCUUUCUGUGAACUUCUGUAUUUUACUUUUCCUUUGAUGAUCAACUGUUCUCUCUUCAAGACAA